UAAAGGAUCUUAUGAUUUUGAAGUGGAACAUUUAAUAAAAAUUGGUCUGUAAGAUACAUUCCAAAUAGUGUAAACUGUCUUGACUGUUAUUUAACAACAAUUCCGCAAUUUUCACUAUAACGUUGUGUUAUACAUUACAGAAAACAUGAGUCGACCACCAACAAACAGUGGUCGUCCAAUAACUGGAGCAGCUCGACCAAUAGGAACAGCUGCCGGGCGUCAACCUGGGACUGCCACUAGACUUACAACUGCAAUGAAUCCAGGUACAGCUAGACCUGGUACAAGAGGAGGUCAGAUCGGUGGAGGAGUUGCCCUGAAUGCCCAUGUGACCGUGGUUGAUCGACCCACUACUCAGCAGGGUCUUGGUGGAAUGAAAACUGCAGCAAGGGGUGGUCGUCAAGUGAUGGAUAAAACUUACUUUUUAGGAUUGAUAAGGAGCAAAAUUAAUGAACUGAAUGCAGAAAUUACCAAACUGAAUAAAGAUAUUGAAAAUGCUAAUGAUGAAAACUCAAGUUAUCUUGGAUAUGAGAAACGGGCAGAAACUUUGGCAUCUGAGAUCAGAGAUUUACAGGGUGAACUUGGAGAUUACAAUACUUUGGUGGACAAACUGACUAUAGAUGAAGAUAUACAAGAUGUGGAGUUUGACUGCAGUAAUCUCAAAGCAAAUAAUGACAGAGAUGCUAAGAAAAUAGAAGAACUUUUUGAUAUUAAGAAACAGAAAGAAGAGUUGAUCAUUCAGCUGACAACUGAACUGGACCAAGAAAAGAGGAUGGCUGAUAGUUUGGUCAAUGACAUGAAUCCUGAGAUGAGACAGCAAUAUUAUAAGAUGAAGGAGCUGAACGAACAUUUGCUGAAACAGUUGGAAAAUGGACAACAAGAACUGGAUCACCUUAAUUCCAAGAUUGAGGCCCUGCAGGAUGAGCUGUCUAUGUCACAAAUUAAACAGGAAGCAGUGAGGUUGUAUGAGCAAAUUCAUGAACUGGAAAUGAAGCGUGAUCAGCUGGUUGACGAGGCCAAGACUCGGGGGACACCGGCCGAAGAGAGAGAGAAACUGCUGAAACAAGUGAAAGAAGAUAACCAGGAGAUAGCCAGCAUGGAGAGACAGACUAAAGAAUUGCAAGAACGUAUUGAACAGAUGCAAGAAGAGAUCAGACAACUAGAUAUGGACAUAGAAGAGAAUCAAGGUGAAAGGAAUCAGAAGUACAAAGAGCUGAAAAAGAGAGAAGAAAAUAUGGAUGAAUUUCUCAAUACAUUCGACUCGAUGAAAAGUCAAUACUUUCAAAAGUUAACAGAAAAUGAGGAAACAAUUGUCUCAGCACUAGAACAUAUGAGCAGGAAUAUGGGCCGCUUCUCUCAUCUUCCAACACCAAAGGAGCUGGCUGGUAUGAAGGAAGAUUUGGUUUUUAAAGAAGAUGAAAUGAAGAAAUCUGAAACAACAGCCAUGGGAUUGGCAGGAGAGCGCGAGAAGCUGCAGCAGGAUCUGAGCAAGAUGCAGCAGUUUGAGGAGAAGCUGAAGGAUGAGCUGGUGCUACUCAAGGAGAAGGUGGCCAGUAUGGAGAAAGACAUCGGCGUCUACGGCGAUCUGCACAGACUCAAAGAAGAGUCCGAGCAAAAACGAAAGAAACUGCAAGAUGAUCGAAUUACACUAACGAAGAGAAGGGAGUGUUUCAGGAAGAUAGUUCAGCAACUCCAGUCCAAGUAUGAAGGUCUUAAAGCUCAGCUAGAUGAUAAUGAAACUUACACUCAGCUUGCUAAUCUGGAAAGGAAAUGGCAGCACCAUGAACAGAACAACUUUUCCAUGAAAGAAUUUAUUGCCACAAGGACAAUGGAGUGCGACUUUGUUCCAAUCAGCCGAAGAGUUUACAAAUCACUGGACGAAUUCAACCAUCAGCUGCAGGAUCAUCUUGCUGGAAAGCUCAACAUGUGAAUUAUUCAUUAGAAUUCAACACUGAUAUUCAUCUUUUGGACUGUAAUGUCUGCACUGUAUUCAUUGUUUCAAGAAAAAAACCCAGUAGUAGACCAUUUAUUCAAAUAUGAACCAUCAAACACAGAUGAAGAAAUCUGUGUGUAGUUGACAAUGUAUAGUGUAUUUCUUCAGAAGAGUGGAUUUUCAUAAACAUUUUAUAGAAAAAUAUUUUUUCUUUUAAAUUAUUGGUUAUAGUUUUGCCCAGAUUAAACUUCUUUUCACGAUUCUGUACAUUCCUAAACACGAUUUCACCUGUUGUAACUUGUUUCAUCCGUCCAUUGUAUUUAUUGACUGUGAUAAAAGAUAAUUUAAA